GUCCCUCUUUCGGUUUUCCAGCCACUGAAAUCGGCGGAGCGACGCGCUCUCUUUCCGUAGUCUGGUCCAGGUCGCGUUUAUCUGCACUUUCACGCGGAUGUACGUGGACUGGAAACCCACUUACAAUUUAAAACAAGAAUAAAAACAACCCCACCGGUUAAAUCAACAGGAACUGCUGCGCGUUCAGACAAACUGGAAUCGUUACCUCUGGUGAUAAUUUCCUCCUCUGUUUGAGAGGGGGGGUUAACGAUCGUUUUGGAGUGAAAUCUUAAGGUUUGGUGUAGCCUACUUUUCUGGCCUGUAACAUACCGAGAGAGUUGUUAAAUAACUUGAUUUCGAGAAACUGUGAUCAAAACCGAAGGAAAAGCUUUCCAGUGUCGCGGUAAUCAUAUUGAACUGAUUUGUUGUCCUUGCCACAGUUGUCAAGUUGGAGUCUGAAAGGGGCAGAAACCAGUCCGUUUAACUUGCACUUCUUCAAAUCCAGUUUGCACUCUUUCAAGAAAAGUGUAAAGGCAAAAUAAUUUGUGACUGAGAGCAUUUUAUUUCAAAGGGACAACAGCAUACCCCUCUGAGAUUUGAUUGGGAAUUUCUUUUGGGUUUCUCGUCUCUGAAGUCCAUUUUCAUAGUCCAGCUGUGACCCAAGCGGAAGAAGAGAGCUACAUUUCUGUCGGAGGGGGAACGUGGAUUUUAAGCGCUGAAGGACACAGUUUGGUGAUCCGUUGACAGGGGUGAACACGGUCCUACGCUUACUGUCAUACAUUAUCAGCGGAGCUGCGUGAAUAGACUUCGGUGUCCUGGAACAGGGAAGGCCGUCGAUGGAUCAAGUCUUACCUGUGCUCUGUUUCUGUGGCAACUAACAUGCACUUCCUGGUCCUGGGUUGAUCACCUUCAGAGAUACCACAACUCCCAGCUCCUCUCCACCCGUGUCAGCAGCACAGGACCAACUCUUAGUCAUACCAGUGCUUUCAGACAGGGGCACCCAACACAGGCUACUUAGGACGCAAGCAAGCAAGCAAACAAACAGAAAAUGGCUAACAACACGACGGAUCACCCUCCGGGGAACUCGGUUGCUGAGGGGAACCACGAGGGGGACUUUGGCUGUACGGUGAUGGACCUGCGGGACCUGAUGGAACUGAGGAGCGCCGAGGCCGUCACCAAGAUCGGAGACUCCUACGGGGACGUGCAGGGGCUCUGUCGCAGGCUCAAGACCUCGCCCAUCGAGGGUCUCUCUGGAAACCCUGUGGACCUGGAGAAGCGCCACACAUCUUUUGGGAGGAACUUCAUCCCCCCUAAGAAGGCCAAGACAUUUCUUCAGCUGGUGUGGGAGGCUCUUCAGGAUGUCACCCUCAUCAUCCUGGAGAUCGCUGCCAUCAUCUCCCUGGGCCUGUCCUUCUACCAUCCCCCAGGGGGCGAUAGCGAGCUGUGCGGCCAGGCGGCGGCGGGCGCAGAGGACGAGGGCGAGGCGCAGGCGGGCUGGAUUGAGGGCGCCGCCAUCCUCUUCUCGGUCAUCAUCGUGGUGCUGGUGACUGCCUUCAACGACUGGUCCAAGGAGAAGCAGUUCCGGGGGCUGCAGAGCCGCAUCGAGCAGGAGCAGAAGUUCACCGUCAUCCGCAAAGGCCAGGUCAUCCAGAUCCCCGUGGCUGAGAUCGUGGUGGGGGACAUCGCCCAGAUCAAAUAUGGUGACUUGCUGCCGGCGGAUGGUAUCCUGAUACAAGGCAACGACCUGAAGAUUGACGAGAGCUCUCUGACCGGCGAAUCAGAUCAAGUCAGGAAGUCCCUGGACAAGGACCCGAUGCUGCUAUCUGGCACCCAUGUGAUGGAGGGCUCGGGCAGGAUGCUGGUGUCGGCGGUGGGUCUCAACUCCCAGACGGGGAUCAUCUUCACUCUGCUGGGCGCCGGGGAGAGCGACGAGGAGAAGAAGGUCAAGAAAAGUAAGAGGCAAACGAAACACCAACCCAAAACACCAGUUAACCAUGGAACCCCCGAAAAUCGCAACAAAGCUAAGACCCAGGAUGGCAUCGCCCUGGAGAUCCAACCCCUGAAGAGCGAGGAGGCGGCCGAAUCGGAGGAGAAGGAGGAGGUCAAGCAGGUGAAGAAGGUUCGGGUCACCAAGAAGGAGAAGUCCGUGCUGCAGGGCAAACUAACCAGGCUGGCCGUGCAGAUUGGGAAGGCUGGUCUGAUCAUGUCGGCUGUGACGGUCAUCAUCCUCAUCCUCUACUUCGUGGUGGACACCUUCGGCGUCCAGGGCCGCCCCUGGCUCAAGGAGUGCACACCCAUCUACAUCCAGUACUUUGUCAAGUUCUUCAUCAUUGGGGUGACGGUGCUGGUCGUGGCUGUACCUGAAGGCCUGCCCCUGGCUGUCACCAUCUCUCUGGCUUACUCUGUGAAGAAAAUGAUGAAGGACAACAACUUGGUGCGCCACCUGGAUGCGUGUGAGACGAUGGGCAAUGCCACGGCUAUCUGCUCCGACAAGACGGGCACACUGACCAUGAACCGCAUGACGGUGGUGCAGGCCUACAUAGGAGACACGCACUACAAGAACGUUCCAGAGCCCGAUGCCAUCCCGCCAAGUAUUCUGGAGCUGCUGGUCAACAGCAUCUCCAUCAACUCAGCCUACACCACCAAGAUCCUGUCUCCAGAGAAGGAGGGUGGUCUGCCUCGCCACGUCGGCAACAAGACAGAGUGCUCCCUAUUGGGCCUGGUGCUGGCGCUGAAGAGGGACUACCAGCCAAUCAGAGAGGAGAUCCCGGAGGAGAAGCUCUACAAGGUGUACACCUUCAACUCCUCCAGGAAGUCCAUGAGCACCGUGCUGAAGAACGCAGAUGGCAGCUUCCGCAUGUACAGCAAAGGAGCCUCUGAGAUCGUCCUGCGCAAGUGCUCCCGUGUUCUGGAUACUCAGGGUGAGGCACGCAUCUUCAAGCCCAAGGACCGUGAUGAGAUGGUGAGCAAGGUGAUCGAGCCCAUGGCCUGCGACGGCCUGCGGACCAUCUGCGUUGCGUACAGAGACUUCCCGGCUGAGGGGGGCGAGCCUAACUGGGACGCGGAAAACGACAUCCUCAACAAUCUCACCUGCAUCUGCGUGGUGGGCAUCGAGGACCCAGUCAGGCCAGAGGUACCAGCAGCCAUCACCAAAUGCCAGAGGGCCGGGAUCACCGUCCGCAUGGUUACCGGGGACAACAUCAACACUGCGCGCGCCAUAGCAACCAAGUGUGGCAUCUUGCUUCCUGGAGAGGACUUCCUGUGUUUGGAGGGCAAAGAGUUCAACCAACAGAUCCGCAACGACCAGGGAGAGGUGGAGCAAGAGCGCCUGGACAAGGUGUGGCCCAAGCUCCGUGUGCUGGCUCGCUCCUCCCCCACCGACAAACACACUCUGGUCAAAGGGAUCAUUGACAGCACCGUCUUGGAAACACGACAGGUGGUCGCUGUGACGGGGGAUGGGACCAACGAUGGCCCCGCCCUCAAGAAAGCAGAUGUUGGAUUUGCAAUGGGUAUAGCCGGUACCGACGUGGCCAAGGAGGCCUCUGACAUCAUCCUGACGGACGACAACUUCACCAGCAUCGUGAAGGCCGUGAUGUGGGGGAGGAACGUGUACGACAGCAUCUCCAAGUUCCUGCAGUUCCAGCUCACUGUCAAUGUGGUGGCUGUUAUAGUGGCCUUUACAGGGGCCUGCAUCACACAGGACUCCCCCCUCAAAGCGGUACAGAUGCUGUGGGUGAACCUGAUCAUGGACACGCUGGCCUCCCUGGCCCUGGCCACAGAGCCCCCCACAGAGUCUCUGCUCCUGAGGAGGCCCUACGGCCGCAACAAGCCUCUCAUCUCCCGCACUAUGAUGAAGAACAUCCUGGGCCACGCCAUCUACCAGCUCACCAUCAUCUUCACUCUGCUCUUCGCGGGAGAGAAGAUUUUUGAUAUUGACAGCGGUCGUAACACGCCCCUCCACGCGCCGCCCUCGGAGCACUACACCAUCGUGUUCAACGUGUUCGUCAUGAUGCAGCUCUUCAACGAGAUCAACGCCAGGAAGAUCCACGGGGAGAGGAACGUCUUCGAGGGAAUCUAUCGAAACCCGAUCUUCUGCAGCGUGGUCCUGGGAACCUUCGUUCUGCAGAUCAUCAUUGUCCAGUUUGGUGGGAAGCCCUUCUCCUGCACGUCCUUGACAAUUGACCAGUGGCUCUGGUGUGUGUUUAUUGGUGUGGGAGAGCUGCUCUGGGGACAGCUUAUCUCGGCCAUCCCCACCCACCACCUGAAGUUCCUAAAGGAGGCGGGUCACGGCACUACAAAGGAGGAGAUCAAAGAGGAGGAGAUGACGGAGGGAGCCGACGAGAUAGACCACGCUGAGAUGGAGCUCCGCCGGGGCCAGAUCCUCUGGUUCCGAGGACUCAACCGCAUUCAGACUCAGAUGGACGUGGUCUACACGUUUCAGACAGGCCAGGCUCCCGUGCCUGGAGCUCUGCGUCGCCAGCCCUCAGUGGUCAGCCAGCACAACGACACCGCCAAAACUAUUAAGGUGGUGAACGCGUUCCGCAGCUCCCUGUACGAGGGAAUAGAGAACCCAGAAUCCCGCAGCUCCAUCCAUAACUUCAUGGCCCACCCUGAGUUCGUGCCCCUGUCGGAGGAGGAGGCGCGCGCGCCCCCCAUCGAGGAGGUCAGCGCGGAGAUGGAGGCCAUCCCCAGUUCCUCCUCUUCAGGGGGCGGCCAAGCCCCAGACACCUCCCUCCGCAACCACAAGACCUCCGUCUAACCUCUUCCCCCCCAUUAGCCCUGCUGGCUGACAUCAGACAUCCCCCCAACCCGCUUGCACCUCCAGCUGUGGUGGUCAGCCACAGCGUGUCACAUCACAAUCACAGAAUCAUUCCAUAAAUACUGACCCUCCCACACACCUUUACACAUACACUCAGGGGUGGGUCCCAUGUAUCGCCUAGAACCCCCCCUCCCCCUCAGCACAGACAC